AUGGCCUUUCACGAUGGUCUGACUACCGUUCAGCAAAUACUGCUGGCAAUAGUGUGCUUCCCGCUGCUGCCUUUCUAUCUCUGCUACCUAUGCUUUGUAGACAGCGACGAGAGCAAAGGGAAGCCUGAUACUCUUGCUCAAGCUGAAGAAGGGAAGGCGCAAGCAACCGUCAGACAGCCCCGAUCCACAGUUGUGACAAGUGAAACACGCUAUUAUGGGCAGCCGUCAGCCGUGGCUUCUGAACCUGACCACGGAAAUCACAUCACUGUAGAAAUACACCCUAGACAAACCACAUCCCAGACAGGAAAAGAACAUUUCUUCAACAAAGGAACCCAGGUAUUUCCCCACCUGAGAGGGCAAGAUAACGAAGGAUUUCACGAUGAAGGGGACCAAGGACCAUCGUUAUCUCAGGGCCAAGAUUUGCAUGGAUUUCAAAAUUAUGAGGAAGAAGGAUCAUCUUUGCCAGAUGAACAAGACUUGCACGCUUAUCCAUGGGAUAAAUCCUGUCUGAAAUCGAUGCCAAUAGACUUGCAACACUUUAAGAACUUGGAUGCCUAUGCAGCAAAGGUGAAUGUCAGAAGCAGUGUGGAAGACCUAGUGAGUGUCUUGCUGCAAGAAGCUCACAGUGACCUGGAGAAACUUCGAGCCAUUUGGAUAUGGAUUUGCCAUCAUAUAGAAUAUGACGUGAAAGCCUAUCGUAACGAAGCUGAGAGAUUUUGUGAGCCAAUGGACGUCCUUCGGUCAGGAAAGGGUGUCUGUGCUGGCUACUCCAAGCUCUUUGAACAAAUGUGCAGUGUUGCAGGGAUCCAAUGCAAGGAAGUGUCUGGCUACUCCAAAGGGCAUGGAUAUAAACUAGGACAAGUCUUUGGGCGGAAAACAGAUCAUGCCUGGAAUGCUGUUUUCCUCCAUGGAAGGUGGCACCUUUUGGACAGCACGUGGGGAAGUGGGAUUGUGGACGACUCUUGCGCCAAGUUCACUUUCAGGUAUAAAGACUUUUACUUCCUGACCCAUCCUGCUCUCUUUAUCGCCGAUCACUUCCCAAAAGACCACGAGUGGCAGCUUCUGAAACCAAGCCUGACUCUGCAGCAGUUUGAACGCAAUAUGCGGAGUAGAUCUGAAUUUUAUACAGAGGGGCUGGUGGCAGCAACCCCAGCAACGACAGUCAUUCAAACAGAAAAUGGCAAAGCAACCAUCGUCAUUGAGACUCGCUCUCCAGUACGGUUCGUGUUUGAAUUAAACAAGGUGAGGGAGAAUUGCUUAAUGACACUCCAGAGGAAUGAGAUGAAGCUAGAGGUGUAUCCCCAGCAGACAGGGACUCACUGUCUGCAGAUCUAUGCCAAACACUUCAAAGACACGAAAGAGAGCUACAGUCUGGUAUUAGAGUACUCACUGAAGUGCAGCUCUGUGGACAAGAGCAUCUGUUUGCCCAAAGGCCUCAUCCAGCCGGUGGGACCUAGUUGGCUCACGGAGCAGGCAGGGGUCCUGAAGGCCUUGCCUCCCGGUCCUGUUAUCCACACAGAUGACGGGCGGUGCACCAUCACUUUCACGCUGACUGAAGAUCUGGAUUUCUUUGCCACGCUCGAGGCCGAUAACAGCAGGAUACCCGAGGACAUGAUGAAGCAUCACAUCUGGAAAACCUGCAGAGGAAACCAGGCCGAGUUAAAGAUUUACCUGCCCCACGCGGGGCACUUUGCUCUUCUCAUCUGGGCCAAGAAGACGUUUGAUCCGGGUAGCCACAAGUGUGCCCUCUGCUACCUCCUCUCCUGUCCGAAUAAGAGUGUGGUGUGGCCGGUUUUCCCACAGAGUUUUACGAACUGGGAGGACGGCUAUGAGUUAGUGGCACCUCUCGCAGGUGUCCUGCCAGCCAACUGCCAGGUGCAGUUUAAGCUCAAGCUGCCAGGUGUAUUCCAAGCAAGAGUCAAAUGUGGUGAAAAAUCUCUCCCUUUGAUUCUGAGUGAAGCUGGUUUCUGGGAGGGAGCCUUUAACACCUCAGGCGGGAAAAACGUGACUGUCACAAUAUCCAAAGAUGCUGACGAUUCCCUCUGGUCUUUGUUGGAGUACAAAGUGGAGACUCAUUAG